AUGCCAAGUACAGUUGCUCGCGAGAAGGCUUCAUCCCCAUAUAAGUUGCGAGAUACAUCGAAGCUACCAUCUCGAUACAGAGAUGAGGAGAUUGAUGUACCUCCCCUGAGAGCAAGAACUCCAGCCAAAGCUCGAACGCCGUCAAAAAUUUCUGGGCCCCCGUCCUCAACAAGUUCAUCAGCUCGUCGUGUUUUACAUACUGGCGCUACAACUCCCUCACAACAUUCUCUUCAUACACCUGGCCCAUUGCAAGAGAAUGUGUCCCAUUCGAACUCUGCUUCGUCACGGAGAAGCGGAGAGCUGGGUGGAAUUCAAAAAAUUGAAGUGCAUGGAGUGGAGGGCAAACACGCGGUAGUGCCUCUAUCACUAGUGAAUCCUGGUGAAGUGAGUGUGACGUCAUUCGCUUCAAAUCGUGGAGAUGUUAAUGAGGUGCACGCGGGAUCUUACGUUGCCCCAACCGUUGUGACGCGACACUCCUCGUAUCAACAGCACCCGAGAGUUGUGUAUGCUAGACUACGAGCUCCUAAAGAUGGAAUUUACGGUGGUACCAUUGAUGCAUUGGUUUCUGGUGGAGGAGGAUACAGAAUUGUUUUCGACAAGAAGUAUUCGUUACAGGAGGACAUGAUUCCACCAGCGUUUGUACCCGACUAUGAAGUUAUGUACGAUGGGUCACUGGAACUACUCUCACUUUCUUACUUCCUGCAACAAAAUAGUGCUCGACUGCCCACUAUGAACUCUACUCGCACUGGUGAGCACAUGCUUUACGAAAAGGUUGGGAACUUUCCCGUGCGCAUGCUAGUUAUCUUGGUGAAAGUUGCCAAACUAUUGGAGAUCAAAAAGAAGCUCGUGAAAACGUUGACCGAAUUGAACAACGAAGCAGAGAAGGAAAGCAUCCUCACCGAUGUCUACACAGCUGUGUUUCAAGAACGAUACGCACGGACUGUUGUCGAUCUGGAGACGGUUAAUCGACAGGUUAACAUCUACUUAAAUGGCAUUCAAGAAUAUAACACUCAACUAUUACCGCAUCUCAGUGAGGUUAGCAUAAGUGCUCGCCCAGAGGCAUUACGUCGGAUGUGCGCUUCUCAUGCCAAUCAAAUAGUGAAACAUUGCAACCAGAGUUUGAACGUUACUAAUCCUCAAGCCCUACGCCUCAUAACAGCGUUAACGUCACUUCUCCUUCAGGUUUGUGUGAUGGUCUGA